AUGACGGUGGAUUAUGAACUCGCCAAAACGGAAAAUAAAGCCCAACUGGAUGCAGGAUCAGUUACUGCUGCUGUCCCAGUUGGGCUCACUCUUGUUUCCCGGUCUGAUAUUGUAUUUUGUGAUGCUGGAGAUGAUGUUGUUCUGCCAUGUCGCCUUCAGCCAGCCAUCAGCGCUGCUUCAAUGGAGAUCAAGUGGUUGAAAAGGGCAGAUCUUAUCUGUCAUUAUAAAGAUGGAGAUGUGACAGAAAGUAUAGAUGACAUGUAUAAGGGAAAAGUUAAUCUCUCACCGUCGGAUUUACACAAUGGAAAUGUGUCUUUAACACUUAAAGAUGUCAGAGCAGAACACAGGGGCAUCUAUAUUUGUGAGGUCAUCCAUGAACAUCAAACAGUUAAAGAAUAUAUUUUUCUCCAUGUACGAUCUGAAAAACUUACACUUGUGGCAUCUUCCACUAUAAUUGCAGAAUUGGGAGAAAACAAAAUUCUGCCUGCUUUUCUUUCACCUGUCACCAGUGCAGUGUCUAUGGAAAUUGAGUGGUGUAGAGAAAAUGAGGUCAUUUAUCUGUACAAGUAUGGGCAGGAAACUGUCUUUGAGAAUCAAGUGGAUUUGUCUUCCCAGCAGCUCGAGAGGGGGAAUCUUUCUAUUACUCUGAGAAAUGUUCAGCAAUCAGAUUUAGGAGACUAUACAUGCAAGAUUUCUUAUGAUGGAAAUGGGGACAUGGCAAAAAUUAACUUAAGAAUGAAAGACUCUGGGACCCUGAUUUCCAAAGGAAAUGCAACAUUUACUUUCAUCAGAGAACAUAACUUUGGACCACUCAGCAGCAGUCCAGAAGCGAGACGCUUCUGA